AUGGAUGAAAAAUUAACAAUGAAAUCCACGUCUCCUGAUUCAAUAUUAUCAGAAUUCCUGUCGUAUGAUUCCACUACUAAUACUCAUAGUACUAUUCCUGUUUCAUCUAUUACAUCAAUACUUCCUCCACUUCGUUCAUCAUUCACCAUGGCUAAUAUUAGCAGUAUUGCAAAUGUAAAUGAAGAACAGAAAUUUUUUCUCGAUGAUUUCAAUUUAGAACGAUUGCCUUCAAUAUCUCGAUGGCAAUCGGAUGCCGAAAAUCUAAAUCGCAAUUCUAUUCAACCGUCAUCUUCAAGAUCGACCUAUCUUAUCAAUGAUUUUUUAACCAACAGAAAUAUAGCUUCAUCAUCAAUAACCGAUGUGCUCAUCUCACCGUUAUCUCGUUUAUCGACAUCAUCAUCGAUUAUGUCUCUUAGUAGUAUUGGUAAUCAAAAAACGACUAGUCAACAAUUGUCUCGAUCAGGAUUCAAAAAUUCAACAGAACAAUUAACAACGUCAAAUGGAAAUAUGUUUCCUUCGGCAUCCUUAUUCGUGCCAUUACCAACGCCAUCACCAAAUCGUCAAAUACUUUCUUCGAUGGAAAAUAUUCCAUCAGCAAUGGCUGACAAUGAUCUUCAACGAGUACCACAUUCAUGGAUGUUAAUGUCAUCCACGCCGCCUAAUUAUGAAACAGGUCCCAUUGUUCAACAAUCGCCAGCACCACAACUCGUUCACAGUGCUAAUCGAACAAAUUCAAUGCCAUCUUGGCGUGGUAAUUUGCCUAUGAAAUUCGAACCAAUGAUGAUGGAUCAAUAUCAAAUGACAGGUCAUUACUCGCAAAAAGUUUUCCUCGGUGGUAUUCCUGCUGAACUUAAUGAAGCUGAACUUUUACUGAUUUUACGGAAAUUUGGCAAAUGUAAUAUUAAAUGGCCAAAAAAUGAUGGAGCUAAUCAUAAUAUGCCAGGUUUUUGUCAUGUGAUAUUUCGAGAAUCACGUUCUGUGUGUGAACUGCUAAAAAAUUGUACUCGUCAACAACGUUCAACAAUUGAUUAUUUUCUUCAUAUUCAUAUGGCAGCAUCAUCAGCAAUGGAUUUAUCUAUGCGUACAAAUCGACUUAAGCCAAUUCAAGUAGUACCAUGGAAUGUAAAAGAUAAUGUCUAUGUCAUGCAACAAGGCGAUACAUCGAAUGGCGAUGCAACAUUUAAAGAUUGGUCCCGUACAAUAUUUGUAUCUCCAUUACAUGGCAAAAUGACAGCAUUUAGUUUAGCUACGAUUAUGUCAAAUGUUUUCGGAACUGUAUCAAUGGCACAAAUUAAUACCGAUAAAUAUGGAUAUCCAACAGGUACUGGUACGGUAUUAUUUACUGAUUCUCAUAGUUAUAUGCGUGCCGUUGCUGCUGGUGCUAUCGAUAUUAAAUGUGAUUGUUUUCAUAAAUUGCUUGAUAUUGACCCAUUUCUACGUGAAAAUGAACCUUGUGCAUUUUGUCCAGCAGUUGCCGAUUUAUUUUGCCGAAAUUUUCAUUGUUUAAGAUCAUAUUGUAAACAAUGUUGGGUGAAUAAACACGGACCAAAACCACUUGCUGACCAUCAACCAGCAACGCGACGACAACAACCGUUACCUCAUAUAUAA